AUAAGAUCGACCCGAAUCAUUAGGUAUGACAUUUCAUGUGUAUGGAGUUGCAAGAUUGCAUGUAUUGAAAUUUUUUGACCUUGGCAAUACUAUAAUUUAAAUGUCGAUGUCAGCUUUUUUGCAGAAGUGUUGUGCGAGUGCGUAUUGUGGUGUUUUAAAAGUAAGGAUACCUUUAAGAUCUUUUCACACGUUCAAAAUGGCAGAUAAACCAACGGAUUAUUCGACUGCCAAUGGUUUUGAGAGCAAAACUCCGUUCCUGAUCGGUGUAGCAGGCGGUACUGCUAGUGGCAAGUCAACAGUAUGCCAACGCAUCAUGGAGAAAUUAGGCCAACAGCACAAGGAGCAGACAGAACGCCGUGUAGUCUGCAUCAGUCAGGAUUCUUUCUACCGCACUCUCACUCCUUCAGAGAGGCUCCGAGCUGAACGAGGACAGUUUAACUUUGAUCACCCUGAUGCAUUUGAUGAUAAGAAGCUGCUGGCUAUACUGAAAGAUAUCCUAGCUGGCAAGAAGGUGGAGAUUCCAGAGUAUGAUUACAUCACUAACUCUAUUAGCCCACACCGGUCACAUACAAUCUACCCUGCUGAUGUAGUGCUCAUCGAAGGUAUCCUGGUGUUCUACUUCCCUGAAGUGCGUGAAUUGUUCCACAUGAAGCUCUUCGUCGACACUGACUCUGACACCAGGCUCGCUAGGAGAGUGCCCCGGGACAUAAUGGAGCGCGGCCGUGACCUGGAACAAGUAUUGAACCAAUACAUGAACUUUGUCAAACCGGCGUUUGAGGAGUUCUGCUUACCGACCAAGAAGUUUGCUGACGUCAUCAUUCCGAGGGGAGCCGACAAUCUAGUGGCAAUCGAUCUGAUAGUGCAGCACAUAUCCGACUACUUGAAGCGUAGUCCGGUGGACAAGAAUUUGGCGCUGGAACUUGGUCUGUCUUCGUCCUCGGUACCCGGCAGUCCGCAGCGGGCCGGGAAAGGAGGUCGGCCGCAUUAGACUAGAGUUAUUAGGAUAGUUAUUGGAAUGACAUCAGCAAUAAGUAGAGACGUUGCAUGGAGGCGGACGACCAGCAUCGCAUAUCGGUGCAUAUUAGCGGGGUACAUCUACGCGUCAGCUUCUCGAUAUGGCGGGAAUUGAGAGUAUCCUAUAGAAAACUUUACUUCAGCACAUGAAAACUUCCAAAAGCGUUUAUCUGUUGUACAACAACAGUACCGCGGGCUUUAAAAGGUCGUUUACACCUUCACUUCCAAUUCCCGGCCAAAAGUGUUCGCAUCGCUUGGAGCCGUGCUCACUCCCAAAAGGACUAUGGUCGUGAAGGUACACUUGCAUUAAAUGUUUCGGAAAUUAUUUAAGCUUAAAUUAGAUAUUUAUAAAUUAAAGGACUUGAGAAUAGACCGGUUCUAUAGCGGCGUGCCUUGGAGAAAAGGUGGACUUUAUUAACGUAAAAAUAUUAAAUUAUUGUUAAAAAUUACACGUAGGUAUAGUUGUUUUAAAUAUCUCAAUAACUUUCGUACUUUAUUAGUCAAUUCUAUUUUCAAAACGAAUAACUGAGUUUUAAGCACAAAGUUAUUUUUUUAUAGAAUCGAGUUCCGCCUGUUUUAAAGAGUUUCCCGCCAAAUAUUGCUGCGCCAUAUUAGAAAAAUGCACUUUGUCAUAGAUACUAAAUAAUAAGUAAGGAGAUAAUUUUCUAAACGGAAUUUAACGAAAAACUCGAAAAGAAAACUUACAUAUCUAGAGAUAAAAAAUAUAUUUGAAACUCCUCUAGUUAGUCACUAGUCAAAGAAAUUGUUUAAACUAAAGAUGCUCAAUGGCAUUUGUACUUAUUCGGUAUAUUGAAAAAAAAAUGUCUUUUGUCAUUUUAUUAAACUGUUAAAUUACCUAAGAUAAAUGAUUAAAAUAUAUAAACUUACCUACGUUUUAAGAGAGUUGUUGAAUAAAAAGUUAUUUGUACUUAAUUUAAAGGGUGCGUUUACCAAAAAUUUUAUUGGAUGUACAAAUUUCGUCGUUACUUAUAAUGAUUUUACCAAGUGGCUAGAGUAGCCACGUAUUUGAUAUAGAACUUUAGGUCUUGCUGUGGACGUCCUAACUUUGUUACUAGUCAGACGUUUGAGGGGAAUGGAAUGACCGAGGCUGUUAAAAUUUGUCAUUAUCGUAUUACGCGAUGUCUAUUCGUUUGAGUUUAAUUGUUGAUUUUAUUUAUUUAUAGUCUGUAGCUAGGUUUACUUGUAGCUUCUAGGCUUGAGGUUUUAUUCCUCAUUGUAUUUGUACUUAGUGAGUUUGCUUACGGCAGAUAACUGCUUGGUUUUUUG